AUGGAAGAGAGCCACCGCCACCAUCUGCACCAGUACCACCAGCAGCAGCAGCAUCAGCUGCUGCAGCCCCGCCACGGCCGGCCGGCGGCGCAGUCCAGGUUGGUGGCGCUGAAGGACACCGUGGGGGAGAUCGUAGAGGUGGAGGGGGGCCACAUUGUGCGGUCCACCGGCCGCAAGGACCGCCACAGCAAGGUCUUCACGGCCAAGGGCCCAAGGGACCGCCGGGUCCGCCUCUCCGCCCACACCGCCAUCCAGUUCUACGACGUCCAGGACCGCCUCGGCUACGACCGCCCCAGCAAGGCCGUCGACUGGCUCAUCAAGAACGCCAAGGCCGCCAUUGACGAGCUCGCCGAGCUCCCACCCUGGAACCCCACGGACCAGAGCCCUCCUCCUCUCCAGCAGGAGGAAGCUACCCACGAACCGCCGGGAGGACCCACCAGGAAGCGGCUGCCUGAGUCGGACCCCGUCGCGUCGUCCCCCGCCUUCGUCUUCGGCGCCGGCAACUUCUUGCCGCCGUCUCUGGACUCCGAUUCCAUCGCCGACACCAUCAAGUACUUCUUCCCGGUGUCCGCCGCCACCGGCGGCGCUUCCAUCCCCGGCGGUGGUUUCCAGAGCUACCCGUCGGUGGACCUCCUGCAGCGCGGCGGGUCGCAGGCCCAGGAUCUCCGUCUCUCGCUUCAGUCCUUCCAGGAGCCGAUUCUUCUGCACCACCCCCAACAGCCGCCCGCCACCGCCGAGCAGUCGCUCUUCACCAGCUCCUCCUCCACCGCUCUGGCCUUCGAUGGGAGCUCCCCCGGUUGGCCCGAUCUGAACCAGCGGGCGUUCUCGUGGAAUGGUCCCGAGGAGAAUGGUGGCGCCGGCAGCGGCGGUGGCGGUGGCGGCGGCGGCGGCGGCGGCGGCGGCGGUGGAGGGUUCAUCUUCUCGGUUCCGCCGCCACAGGCCGUGCCGCUGCACCCAGUGCUCGGCCAAGGCCAGUUUCUCACACAGAGGGGUCCCCUUCAGUCCAUUGCAUCGCCCCAUGUCCGCGCUUGGACGGACGCCGCGGCGGUGCUUCAGCCGGCGCCGUCCUUCGCGGCGGCGGCCGGCGGAUUCUCAGGGUUCCGUGUACCAGCGCGGAUUCAGGGCGAGGAGGAGCACGACGGCAUCCCCAGAAAGCCGUCCUCUACUUCCUCCGCUUCUCGCCAUUGA